AUGCCAGAACUCAAUUUUACAUCCCGAUUCAUUAAACUUGAGCAGUCACUGCCAUAUAUCGUUGCGCCUGCCCUCUUUCUGUCAAUUGUACUACAAAAAUUUAUAAAUUUUGACAAAUUGGAUCAAGAUGCCCUAUUUUGGUCCCAAGUAUGCUUCAGCUCAAACCUCUGCUACUAUGUCUAUAGACAACCAAAUACACCACAGCAUCACCCGUUGAUAGAAGCGCAAGAAGAGAAGACAAAUUGA